UGACUUUGUUUGUUCACAUUCUGAUAGUGAUCGCAUCACAAUCUCUCUCUUUCUCUCUCUUGAGUUCUGACUUUUUUUUCUCUCUGAUAGUGAGAGAGAACAAUGGAGGACCUUCCAGCUGGUUAUCGUCCCAACGUUGGAGUCUGCCUCAUCAACGCCGACGAUCAGAUUUUUGUGGCUUCUAGAUUGAAUGUUCCAGGAGCAUGGCAGAUGCCUCAGGGUGGGAUUGAAGAAGGGGAAGAGCCAAAGUCUGCAGCAAUUAGGGAAUUGCAAGAAGAAACUGGGAUAGUGUCUGCCGAAAUAAUUUCUGAGGUUCCAAAAUGGUUGACUUAUGACUUUCCACCAGCUGUGAAGGCCAAAGUCAAUCGUCUUUGGGGAGGUGAGUGGCAUGGGCAGGCGCAGAAGUGGUUUCUUAUGAGAUUUACAAAAGAUGAUAGAGAGGUCAACUUAGCAAGUGGCGAAGCGGACCCCGAAUUCUCCGAGUGGAAAUGGGCAAGCCCUGAAGAAGUUAUUGAGCAGGCAGUAGACUACAAGAGGCCAACAUACGAGGAAGUUUUAAGAACCUUCAGUCCUUACUUCACUGAAAGUGGCAAAGCUGCUAAAUGUCAAUCAGCAAAAUGGUGAACAUCGCGGAGGUGGUUUGCAGCUUUCUUCAUGUUGCUAACUCAAUUUUCUCAUUUGGAAUGUAGAAUUUUACUUUGCUCUUUGUAAAGAGAUAUGGCUUUUAAUGGCCUCUUAAGAAUUGGUACUUGCUUAUAAAUGUAAUAAAAUGUUUGUGCAAAGUCUCAGGUCUUUUUUGUGAUUUUGACUGCAAUGAUGUUUGCUCUCAAAUGAGAAAUUGAAGUGUCCUCUUGGGGGGGAAUGAUAUAAAAGUAGAAAGAUAUUGGCCCUUUGGGUGCAUUUUUGAA